AUGGCAUCCCCGGCCGUGUGGCCGUGCCCCCGCCCGCUGCCGCCCCCCGCGCCCGGCUCCAUGCGCCGGCGGCCGCCGGGCCCCGCCGCGACCCCCGCGCCGACGGGCGGCCGCUCCCCGGGGAGCCCCGGCGGGGCCCGGGCUGCGCGGCGGCUGCGGCGGCGCGGGGGAGCCUCGCGGCUGCUGCCCGACGUGCGGAACAUCUUCGAGGCGCCGCGGGAGCCCCCCGAGCGCGGCCGCGGCCACCGCUUCGCCCCGCGGCUGCCGCGCCAGGAGUGGUGCGACCUGUGCGGGGAGGCGGUGCGGGAGCGCGCCCUGCGCUGCGACUACUGCAGGUACACGUGUCACCAGGAGUGCUGCAGCCUCAUCCAGCUGGAUUGUCGCCGGCCGGGCCAGUGCCAGAGCCAGCUGUCCCCAGAGAGCACCUUCGUGCCACCCUGCAGCCAGAAUGUGACACAAACGGUAGAAGAAGAAAAACCUGAGCCUCCAACCGUCCAGGAGAUCAAACAGAAGAUUGAAAAGUACAAUGCAAAGGUCACCAACUGCCUGCUGAUGAAACUGAACGACGACGGGACCUACACGGGGUUCAUCAAGGUGCACCUGAAGCUGCGGCGCCCCGUGACGGUGCCCGCCGGGAUCCGGCCCCAGUCCAUCUAUGAUGCCCUCAAGGAGGUGAACCUGGCCGAGAUGACGGACAAGAGGACCUCCUUCUACCUGCCCCUGGAUGCCAUCAAGCAGCUGCACAUCAGCAGCACCACCACGGUGAGCGAGGUGAUCCAGGGGCUCCUGAAGAAGUUCAUGGUGGUGGAUAACCCCCAGAAGUUUGCACUUUUCAAGGAGAUGAGGAAAGAUGGGCAAGUGCUCUUCCAGAAGCUCCCUCUCACCGAGUACCCCCUGUACCUGCGGCUGCUGGCAGGCCCUGACACCGAUGUGCUGAGCUUUGUGCUGAAGGAAAACGAAACGGGGGAAGUUGAGUGGGACGCCUUCUCCAUCCCCGAGCUGCAGAACUUCCUGAUGAUCCUGGACAAAGAGGAGAAGGACAAAAUCCAGCAGGUGCACAGGAAGUACGAGAGGUUCAAACAGAGACUGCAGCAGACCCUGAAAGAGGCCAGAGGCAAACCUGGAUAACCUUCAGGAGGCACUGGGCAUCAGACUAAGCUAGAGACUGUUUUUAAUGAAAAGACUUCUCAGGACACCUUAGUAGUCAUUUUCCCUCUUCAACCUUCCAUAAGGACUGGCUCCCAGCACCCCUAAAAUGAUCCUAUUGCAUUUUCUUCUUCUGAAACCUCUUCUCCCAGGACCAGAGCCAGUCCAAGAACAGGAAGCCUGUUUUUAAAACAGCUUCAACAAAGCAAACACUGCUGCUGGUUGGCUUUCCAGCCGUGCCAUCCGCUGGAGAGGCUGCGUGGAAAACUCUUGGUGUGACACCUGACAGGACCCAUCUGCUGGCUGAAGUUUGGAGCAGGGCAGCUCUUGCUGUUCCUGCUCCUCCCAGCGAGCUGCUUGUUCCUGUUUGGAGGUGCUGUGGCCCACAGUGCCCUCGUGACCCAGUUCUGGUUUCGUAAGGAGCACAGGAAACAGCAGGAAAAGGGGAGGAGGUUGUUGCACCAAACCACGUGGGUGUUGCAGCUCUAGCCAAGCCCUGGACUCGUUCAGGGCUCAGGCAGCCAGGGAAAUGCCAGGUUAGGACACCAAGGCAGCUGCAACACCCCAACAGUCUGUUAGUAAAUAUUAUUGCAACUUGGUAAUAGUAAUUCCCAGGAAAAUAAUUCAUUUUGAUUCUAUUUGACUUCUAAUUUUGGAAAGAGCUGAAUUACAGUAACUGUCCCUGAUGCUUAGCCAAGUUAGCCAGUGUUCCACCAGUUCUCUACUCUGUAGGAAUUGGGACCUAUGUUUCCAGAAAUUCUGUUUGAAAAGUGUAAAGGUGAUGGUUGGGGCACAGGCUGAGGGUUCAGUGUUGAAGGUUUAGCAAUACGUGUCCAUCAGAGGAGCCCAGGAAAGCUCAAAACCCCUUCACAAAUCAGAUUUUGAGCUGUGAACGCGCCUGGCCCGGAGGGAGAGGAGCCCCAUCCAGGGCUGGGGUGUGGAGGUGGCACCAAGUAAGGGAAUUACUGUCCUUGGAUGCCUUCUGCUCACCUCACCUGUGCUUCCUCCUGCUCCUCGCAGUGCUGUCCCAGCCUGCUGUCCCUGUUCUCCCUCCCCACUCCCAACUGGUGCUGUCCUGCACGUCCAGGAAGCUUCCCAGGAUUUGCUCUCUCCGUGGAGCCAGGAGAGGACAGCAAGUCUCUCUCUGCCUGUCUCAGGGCUCCCACCACGCCAUGCUGAGCAUCCCUCAGCAAAGUCCUCGAGCUGCAGGCUGGCUCCCUGCCCUCGCUCCGUGGUGCUGAGGCUGUGCAGGGAUCGCUGCCGGGCUGGGAAUGCUCCAGGGAUACCCAGGGGAGAGGACCGGCCCCACAUUUACCCUCAGUGCUCCGUACCGAGCACGCUGCACACAGCCAGGGCCAGCCCUCCCUCUGUUCACAGCCCAGGGAAUGUCCCUGCACACAGCCAGGGCCAGCCCUCCCUCUGUUCACAGCCCAGGGAAUGUCCCUGCUGGAUUGGGAUGGAGCAGGGCCAGGGGUUUGUGUGGGCUCUGUGAACAGCUGGCCCUUGGAGCUCAGGAUCCCACCUGAGCCCCUGGGAGGGGAGGCAGCGGGUUGUUACGGAACGGGGAGGAGUCUCAAAUUUACCUCAGUGCCUUUUUUUUCCCUUAAGUGUGAAAACUUUGCAUUCAGGCUAAGGAGGAAGCUGUGCAGAGGCCUUGUCCCUCCUGUCCCCACAGCACUGGUGUGACAAGGCCCUUGUGUCCGGGGAGGGAUGAGGAACUGGUUUGUUUCUUUCUGGAAGGUGACUGCUUGGGAUUUUUUUUUUUUUUUUUUUCCAGAUUUUGAGUAUGUUUGUUUCUAAACCUUAUGAGAGUAACUGCAUCACUUGGAGCCCUCAGCUGGCGUGAAAGCCACUUUCUGCCAAGCUCGGUGGCAGCUCCUGUUCUGGUCAGCAGCGAGGGUUUGCUCGCAGGGCUCUGGUGCAGAGGAGCCUCCAGCUGUACUGUACUCUACACCCAACGACCUUUAACAACUGCUGGCAGCCACAGAGCUGCCCUUGCCGGGCUCUGGGGCUGUUUGUCCAGCUACAAGCAGACUUAGCACUUCACUGUUCACUUGUGGAGUCAUUUAAAUGCCGUUUAUCUGGUGCUUUGAGCCUUGACAGCACCGUAUAAAUACUUCAGUUCCACCGUGGGGAAGAGCGCUGUAAAAACUGCCAGUGGCUCUUAGCGCAAAGAGCCAAACGCUUGGUUUGAAAUCCCUUUUCUUUCUGGCUAAAAGUUGUGCAGGUUUCCUUUAUUUUUUUGUUUGUUUGUUUGUUUUGGUGAGUGUCCCCUCUCCCUUCCUGGCCCCAGCAUGUCUUUGACAGUUUGUAGAAGGCAUGGCUUCGUAUGCAAUCACUGUGGAUGCUGCUGAAAACCUCCUGCCACCAGCAGGGCUCGUUUCUUUGUUUUUUUUUUUUUUUUUUUUUCCCAAUAUGAGGGGCAUUUGAAGAGUUGUGGGUGCUGAAACUCAAAUUCUCAUGGGUCAGUUGAGCUGUUUUUAGAAGUAUUUGCCCCUUCUUUAAGCGCAAAUCCUGUUGGCAGUGCCUUUGGUUAGCAAUUGUCCCGCCUAAGUUGUGUGAGUUUUUUUUCCAUGGCUACUGUAAAACAUGUAAAAUAAUGUGUAUAGGAUGGAAUAGUAGAGCUUCUAUGGCAAAGUGAAAUGCAUUUUUGCAAUGCUGUAAUUUAUUUUUACUACUCCCUAGUGAUUCUAUGGCAUUUUUACAAAAUGUCUCACUCUCAGCUUUUUUUGAAGGUUCUGGAACUAUUUGUUCAUAUGCAGACAGUGUAAGAGACAAUGAUAAUAAACUGUCAGUAAUUAAAGAAA